CACAUCCUAAUACUGUUGCUUUCAUUGGACAUGGUGGCCUCCUUGGUGUGAUGGAAUCUGUGUAUUUUGGUGUGCCCAUUCUGGGAAUUCCAACCUAUUGGGACCAAUACAAGAAUAUUGAAGAUGUUGUGAGAAGAGGCAUGGCUGUCAAAUUGAACCUACAUGAUCUUACUGAAGAAACUUUCAGCAAUGCUUUGAAUGAAAUACUCAAUAAUCCAAAGUACAGGGAUAAUGCCAAACUACGUUCCAAAAUAAUGCAGGAUCAACCAGUGAAACCUCUUGACGAAGCAGUAUUCUGGGUGGAGUACGUUAUUCGCCAUAAAGGAGCUCCACACCUCAAAUCGGCUGCUUUACAUUUGACUUGGUAUCAGAAGUACCUCAUUGAUAUUGUAUUGUUUGUAGGUUUCCUCGGUAUAACUAUUUCAUUUUUCAUCCUCUUCAUCAUGAAAUGUAUUUUUUUCAAUCGUAAACUAUAUGUUAGUGAUCAUGAAAAAAAUAAAUAGAUGCUUAGAAUUGAAGCAAUAUUUUCCAUCAAACUAGACCUACUCAUAGACCUAAUAAGAUUCCUUCCUACUCUAAUUAAUCGUUUGAAUUAUCAGUUCGUACUUUUCUUGUACAAAUGAUGAUUUUCGGAGGUAUUGAAUAACUAUGAUAUUUAGUGUAAGUGAUAACUUAAGGAAUCUUAGAACACACAAGGACCAUCAUCAGCGUAGAGUCACUUGAAUUUUCAUGA